AGAUCCCCAGCUCCAGAAACACGUUGUUGAAGCUGGAGCAAAAGGAUUUGACGUCGUUCCAGGGGAUGCUGACGUACGAGCGUGCGUUGAGACAGACCAUGGGGAAGAUCAGGCACACGUGGAAGACAUCGAAGCUGCAGGAGAGCGACGAGCCUGAGAUGGAUACAGAGCACUUCAUCCCCGCUGAGCUCGCUCCUGAGGCAGAGGGAUGGGAUCCUACGAACCCCAAUGGCUUCCCUGCCAAGCCGGCGGACAAGAACAACGUAAACGGAGUGCCGGGAUACACGUACGCUACCAAUGGGAAUGACCUUGAAGUGGAAGAUGAGGGAGAGGGUUACUAUCAGCCAGAGGACCCCGAGCACCUCGAAGAGUACAAGCAGCUUCUCAAGUACGACUGCUUCGCUAAACCCGGCAAGCCCUGGCUGGAUCACGCUAACUGCGCCGCUCUCGUCAAACGGUCCCACCUGUACCCCAACGCGGACAUGUUCCGGUUCUCUGGCGCGUUCGGAUGGAACCCUCCCUUCCCCGACGGGCCGACGGCGAAGAAUGCCAAGGGAGCAGAAGCGCCAUCAGCCAACGAGUACUGGAACUAUGGCAGUGACGAGGACCUGGAGAGCGCGGCCUCGUGGAAUGGGAAGGAGUACACAGAAUCGGACGCGAAGUGAGGACGUGACGUGGGCUAAACAACAAAUGGAGGAAAGGCUGUUGCUGUAAAUUUCAAGGUUCAGUGCAGCGUGA